CUGCUUGCUGCUCGGCAGAUCUGAAUCCUACUCACACGUUUCGCUCUCGCUGUGCAUCUCACUUCGCCGAACCUGCGCCUGCCCUCGGUUGUGUGAUCUCCUUUAGCUCAAAUGGCGUCCGAAGGUAUUCUCCUAGGGAUGGGCAACCCUCUCCUCGAUAUCUCGGCUGUCGUCGAUGAAGAGUUCUUGCAAAAAUAUGGCAUCAAGUUGAACGAUGCAAUUCUUGCGGAGGACAAGCACAAACCUAUGUAUGAAGAAUUAGCUACAAGAUAUAACGUGGAGUACAUUGCUGGAGGUGCUACUCAGAAUUCUAUCAGGGUUGCACAGUGGAUGCUUCAAAUGCCCGGAGCAACAAGUUACAUUGGUGCCAUAGGAAAGGACAAGUUUGGGGAAGAGAUGAAGAAGAACUCAAAGGCAGCUGGUGUCAAUGUCCACUACUAUGAAGAUGAAACUGCACCAACUGGCACUUGUGCUGUUUGCGUCAAAGGUGGUGAAAGGUCUCUUGUUGCCAAUUUAUCGGCUGCAAACUGCUACAAGUCUGACCAUCUCAAGAAACCAGAAAACUGGGCUUUAGUUGAAAAGGCCAAGUAUAUCUAUAUAGCUGGCUUUUUCCUCACUGUAUCACCAGAAUCCAUUCAGUUAGUUGCUGAGCAUGCAGCAGCGAACAACAAGUUCUUCUUGAUGAACCUUUCUGCCCCAUUCAUCUGUGAGUUCUUCAGGGAUGUGCAGGAAAAGGCUCUGCAGUAUGUGGACUUUGUUUUUGGAAAUGAGACUGAAGCUAGAACUUUUGCUAAAGUUCAUGGUUGGGAGACUGAUAACGUGGAGGAGAUAGCUGUUAAGAUUUCCCAAUGGCCAAAGGCAUCAGGAACGCAUAAAAGAAUUACUGUUAUCACACAGGGUGCAGAUCCUGUGUGUAUUGCUGAGGAUGGCAAGGUGAACUUGUUCCCAGUAAUACCAUUACCUAAAGAGAAACUGGUCGAUACAAAUGGAGCAGGAGAUGCAUUUGUUGGAGGGUUUCUUUCACAGUUGGUUCUGGGAAAGCCUAUUGAAGCAUGCGUGAAAGCCGGGUCUUAUGCAGCUAAUGUUAUCAUCCAGAGGUCCGGCUGCACCUACCCAGAGAAGCCUGAUUUUCAAUGAGAUGUAGUUUCCCCAACUUGGAUGGCCUUGAUAAAUUUUGAUUGUUAAGUGUCGUUUGUGUCAUCUGGAUUUUCAUCCUAUCGUACUCAUCUAAUUACUUGCCGAUCUUUAUAAUGUCGGGGGCAUUGGGGAUAUGUUCAAUUUCCGGCCGGAGAAAAUACUAGAAAGAAGUUGCUGAGAAUGGAGACAAUAAUUGCUCGAUAAGAAGUAUGAAAAUAUCUCCCCUACGUGAUUUAGAUCUAGCAAGACCAUGUUUUCGUCUUUGCCUUGUUCUAUCAAGUAUUUCUGAUGAAUAAAUUGUCUCUUACCAAA